GACAGAUCCUACACACGCCCAAAUAGGUAAUUCACCAUGUAUAUCUUGCCGAGCAACUACAACCAGGCAUACAACCACAUUGUGACGACGUCGCUAACACACUCCACGUGUAAGCUCGUGAUCUUUGUGUCGUGCCUCGACGUCGACGCGCUUUGUGCGCUGCGGAUCUUGGCGGCGGUCUUCAAGAAGAAGCUCAUCAACUUCCAGAUCGUGCCCAUCGUGGGCUACGCGGAUCUUGCAACGCACUACACGCGCUUGGACGCGGACGUCAACAACAUCAUCUUGGUGGGUUGCGGCGCCAUGGUCGACCUCGAGAGCUUCUUGGACAUUGACGUGGGCCAGUUUGUGGACGCUACACGUUCCCUGGAGGCCGAGACGGUCCUCAAGCGCAAGAUCUUUGUGAUAGACGGUCAUCGUCCGUGGAACUUGGACAAUGUGUUUGGUUCCGCCAUGGUGACGUGUUUUGACGACGGCUUGAUCGGUGAUUUGGCUUUAGAGAAGGAUGCGUACAACUUUUUGGUGAACAUAGACGAUGACGAGCUAAACCAGGAAGAAGAAGAAGAAGAGGAGGAGGAGGAGGAGGAGGAGAUAUUUGAGAUAGACGAAACGGAUAUUUCUCGAAAGAGAAAAUCGUCAUCCUCUUCCCCCCAGACAAAACAACCCAAAACACGCAAACGCGUGAUCAAAGACAAUGAGACCACGAUUGAAAAUUAUUACGGCCAGGGCACCACGGUGGUGACUUCUGUGACCUCCCAGGUAUACUCCCUCGUAUCGCUUAUUGGUGAGACCAACAACCUCGACAACUUGUGGCUCGCAAUCAUCGGAUCAACGUCGUUGGAGCACCAGUACCCAGAGCUCUGGGCGCGGUUGGCGGACUUGUUCCGCAAGGAAGUGCGCAGGUUGAACCACGGCGCGGACGAGGAGCGCACGGCGGACGACUCGCGACUCACGGUGGAGAAGGACUACAACCUCUUUUUGUUGCGACACUGGUCGCUCUACAAUGCGUUCUACUACUCCAACUACAUUAACUCCAAGAUCCUCUUGUACACGGAGCAAGGCAAGUCAAAAUUGAACAAGAUAUUCGCCAAGAUGGGCAUCUCGUUGAGCGUGGCACAGCAGCUGUGGAUCUAUAUGGACAUUGGCAUCAAGAAAAAGUUGCACAACAUCUUCACAAAAGUGUUGGUCAACCAGUACGGCUUUGAUAGCUUAGCCACCGAGGGCUACUUCCGGUCAUUUGGCUACAAUGGCUCCGUUUCUGCGCGAGACUGUGUGGAGGCGAUUUCGUCGCUCUUGGAGCACGAAGAGAACAGCGCGCCCAGCGAGAGCGAUGACAUUGAUGCGUUGACGGCCGAGAAGGAGAAGCUCUGGGUAGCCAACUUUUGGCGAUCCUGGGACGCAUUAACCGACUUGGCCAAGAUCCGCCAAGGCAUCCAGCUUGCGCUUUUCUCGCAGCAAUUGAUUUUCCAGGUGGGCCACUCCAUCAUCGAGAAGAAGCAGUUGAAGAACCUCAAGAUUUUCCGCUUAGUAGUGUUGAGUAGCAGCGACUACCACUUGUCGCUGACGGCGAAGAACGACGCCUCGAUCCACACCAACACCGCUGCCGGCGGGCGUAAGUUCUUCCUGAACCCGUUGAACUUGAUGAAGUUAGGAAACUGGUUGCUCGACACAAUCAGCGAGGUGGACGAUACCUUGCUUCCGCUCGUGCUCGCGGCGUUGGACCUGGAGACCGACACGUAUUUGGUGAUCGGGAUGGCUCCAAAAGUGCCUAAGCGGGGAGACGGGGGGAGUGCUGCGUUAUUAAACACGUUCAGUGUGGCCUUCCAGCACGUGGCAAACACCACCGGGGUGAAGGUGCGAAUUGACAGUUUCGAGAGCUCAGUGAUUGAGGUACGGAAAGAUGAUUUGGCACCGUUUCUUGAAAAGUUGACAUUGAGUGGGUUGGUAUAGCAAGGAAAGCGAACGUGGUCAGUUCGAUGAUGUGAGCGAAAGCCACGAAAAGCGCAUGGACGCACCUGUUAAAGCGAAAUAAGCAACCAACUAUUGAGAUUGGCCAGGGAAGAAGUGAGUGAACGUGGAUAAGCUGGUAUGAGGACGUUACGUUUCUUCCGAGCCUAAUCCACCCCUGCAUUCCCUUUGAAAAGUAGUUUUCGAGGGUAUCAAGUCUAUUAAAUUCAUGGACUAUUUGUGUAUUUAAUGGCAAUAACGAGAAAUGAACCAGCAA